GAGUAAAUAACGUGGCACAAGCGAUAAGCCAUGCUACCUUAUUGAAUGAGUUGAAGGGUGGUCAGAUUAGAGUUGAAGGGUGGUCAGAUUAGAUUUGAACCAGAUUUAACAAUUCCAGAGAGAACAGUUUCACACAGAAAGUGCUCCACGCUCAGAGUUUGUGUGUGCUGCACACCAGAGGGGCCAGAUAUAGGCGGGUUGCGUCAACGCAGGGCUCUGGCUGCUGCUGUGCGAAGUUAGUAAAUAAGGUUUGACCUCGUGUUGGAGAAACAAACUGGAUUAAACGCUGCUAGCAGCAGCAGCAGCAGCAGCAGGAGGAAGAAGGAAAUGAACACAUAGCCUGCAACUCCUUCUGCAAGCAAAGUGUGAUCUGGGAAAAGUAAAAUCUUCUAAUCUGUUUUUGUAUUUUAACAAAAACAAAGGGUGGUCGUUGGACUAGUCCGCCACAUUUGAUCUCGUCUCUGAAACGCUCGCUACACGACAACUGUGGUUUAUCAUGGCAGGUGAUAUGAUGUCACUGAUGCGAGGCUUGGCUAAGCUGAGUCGGGCAGUUGUGGAGACCCAGACCAGUGCCCUGCGCAGUGGAACUGGAGUCCCAGGAGUUGGUGCUGCUGUCCAAAGUGUCCAGUCAGCUGCAGAGCAAGGCCUUUCUGCUGCCAUGACGAAGAUACAGGAGCUGUCUGGCCAGCCAAACACCUCUACUUCAGAGUCAGAGUUUUCUCAGGAUGACAGUGCGUUCACAUCUUCAGAGUUCAGGGAAGAAGGUGCAGACUUUACGGCAGAUCACUCAGGAAGCAGUGCUGAUGCAGCGGCGGGGGCAAGCCAUGUCAAUGGGAAACAGUCUUUAUUUGAGGGCUACAAAGACAAACAGUUUGGUGGAAACAACAGGUCUUACCACGGGUAUGCCAGACAUUUAGUUGGACAACACCAUCUGUACAACCGCAGUCUAAAGAGGCAUGUGUGGGGACAGCGAUCAGUCAGCCAGCUCAGAGGCUACCAUCAGGACCCAUCCUCAGUUGGGGGGCUGACGGCUGAAGACAUUGAGAAAGCAAGACAAAGCAAGAGUGCUGAAAUCAAACCACACAAACAGAUGUUAAGUGAGAGAGCCAGAGAGAGGAAAGUGCCAGUGACUCGGAUUGGUAGACUGGCCAACUUUGGAGGUCUUGCAGUUGGUCUGGGUAUUGGAGCCUUGGCAGAAGUUGCUAAGAAGACCAUCAGACACAAUGGUGCAGCAGGUGAAAACAAGAAGGCAGUUCUAGACUCCAGCCCCUUCCUAUCUGAGGCCAAUGCCGAGCGCAUUGUCAGAACCCUCUGCAAAGUUAGAGGAGCUGCAUUAAAACUGGGACAGAUGCUGAGCAUUCAGGACGAUGCCUUCAUCAACCCUCAGCUUGCCAAGAUCUUUGAGCGUGUAAGACAAAGUGCUGACUUCAUGCCAAUUAAACAAAUGACAAAAGCGCUGACUAGUGACUUGGGUCCCAACUGGAGAGAAAAGCUGGAAUCGUUUGAGGAGCGUCCAUUUGCGGCAGCAUCCAUCGGGCAAGUUCACCUGGCAAAGAUGAAGGAUGGCAGGGAGGUGGCCAUGAAAAUACAGUACCCUGGCGUUGCUCAGAGUAUCAACAGCGACGUCAACAACCUGAUGGCGGUGCUGAAUAUGAGCAAUGUCCUGCCUGAAGGUCUGUUUCCAGAGCAUCUGAUGGAUGUGAUGAGAAAAGAGCUGGCACUGGAGUGUGACUACAUUCGAGAAGCCCAGUGUGCAAAGAAAUUCAGGGAGCUACUGAAGGAUGACCCGUUCUUCUAUGUGCCAGAGGUGAUAGAGGAGCUGAGUAGCAGUCACGUCCUGACCACAGAGCUGGUACCUGGUUUUCCCCUGGACCAGGCUGAGAGCCUCACACAGGAGCUGAAGAACAAGAUCUGUCAAAACAUCUUGAUGUUGUGCCUCAGAGAGCUGUUUGAGUUCAGAUACAUGCAGACUGACCCAAACUGGUCCAACUUUCUCUAUGAUCCUCAGACAGAUAGGGUGGCGCUGUUGGACUUUGGAGCCACAAGAGGGUUUGACCAGAGUUUCACAGAUGUCUACAUAGAGAUAAUCCGUUCAGCUGCCGAGGGUGACAGAGAGGGAGUUCUGAAGAAGUCGAUCGAGAUGAAGUUCCUCACUGGCUACGAAUCCAAGGCAAUGGUGAACGCCCAUGUGGAUGCGGUGAUGAUCCUCGGUGAGGCAUUUGCCUCCACCGUGCCCUUUGACUUUGGCUGCCAGUCCACCACCAAGAGAAUCCACAACCUCAUCCCCGUGAUGCUGAAACAUAGGCUCGCCCCGCCUCCCGAGGAGACAUACUCACUGCACCGCAAGAUGGGCGGCUCCUUCCUCAUCUGCUCCCGGCUGAACGCAAACCUGCAGUGUAAGGAUAUUUUUCAAAAGGCAUAUCAGGGGUACUGGGAGGGUCGCACACCACCCUCUCACUCAACCUAGGCCACUCUCAAGUGUCAGGUGUUGAUGAAGAGAUCUUGGGGCCAAUAGCAAAGUUGCUGUCGACGAUGAUGAUUCAGAACUACAUGGUCAUGUUACCCACCCUUAACUCCUUACUGAGAACCAGCUUGUCCCUCUCAUUCACCACAGAGAGGGUUUGUAAGGCACUUACACAUAUUUACAGUCACCAUUUCUUUGUUUGAAAGGGAGCAGCAACAGGGCUUCUGGAGGUCUUUAUGGCCAAAUAGUACCUAUAUAUGGCCCUGAGAGGACAGACUGAACAGAGGUGGGAAGAGGAGAGGUGUAAAAUGAAUGUAAAAAGAUUGGAACGCUUAUGUUUUCAAGAUGAUUCAUGCGCCGUUUUGUUUUGUAUUGCUGUGUUAUAUUUUUGUAAAAUCAACUGUCCAGUUUGCUGUCUGCCACGUACCGAACACGAAAAGGACUGUGCAUUUAUCAUAAACCCACACAUGAAAUAAUGAGGUUAAAUGCAGUUUAUGGGCAGUAUGAGUCACAGUGUUGGCCAGGACCAACUUGUCUAGGUCACAAAUAUUUCUGCUUCGAUUAUUUUUCAACAAUGUUUGAUUAGGUUGUCGGACAAAGUUUAGGCUCGGUCUAAAUUUAGACAGCGAAGUAAAUACAGGAGUUUUGAUAAGAAUAAAAUAGUUUAAACACUGAUUCAGUGUUCAAGUUAAGAUGAUUUAAUGAACUAAUAGGAUUUGAUUGUUUUUUCUAGAAUAUGUAACAAAUUGGAAUUUGCCAGUAUUUACACACAUGCUCAUGUAUAGGAUAUUUAGUAUACAGUAUCUUCUGAAUCAGUGUAGCUGUCCAGAUUCACUGAACUGAAUGAUGCUGUUGUGGCUGAUUCAGACUGUCCGUCUGUUUCCGGUGAUAUCCAGGAUGAACCUUUAGUUUGAUUCUCAGGCCGAAAAUCUGCAGAACUCCUGCUGGAGAGGUUCCUCCUUAUUGUGGUGUCAGGAGUUCAUUGAUGUUUUAUUCUAAUGAAUUGUAGCUGAUGACAACAAUGUGAGCACUGUGGCUCAGAACUUUAUUUCUGUCAGAAAUAACUGAUUCAUUACCAAAGCUUGAUUCUUUUCUGUUCAUCUGUAAAAAAAAAAAAAAAAAAAAUCUCUGCAGAACAUGAUGUCUGAAAUAAGACUGCGUGCAGCUCAUAUAAACAUUGGGCUUGUGCGCAGUCAUGAACGUUUAUGAACUGCCGGGAUGGAAGAGGCUGAUAACGCACAAGCUCAGCUCGUGGGCUCACUUUGCUUCCACUAGCCAGUUAAUCUCUCCGCACCUUCUCAGGUGUGAAAUCCUCUGUCACCUGCCUGGUGUGUGGCUCUAAAAGUUCUCUCUACUCCGCUGUGUGAAUACAGUUAUAAUGGUCUCUGGUGUGAAGCCGAAAAAAAUGGAGAGCGAAAAAAAAUUUAAAAAAAAAAGCCAAGGUGCCUGGAGUUUUCAGUGGAAGGUUUUUAGUGAGAAAUCUAAACUUUUUUCAUAUCAAUACCAUGAAAAGAUGGUUUAAAUUUUCUAAUCGAAAUCAUUUCUUAACUGAAAGUUGUGAUCAAAUUAAAAGAGUAAAUGUUUGCUCUA